AUGGAGAGCAGCAUAACGAAGUGGGACUUUGGAUCACUCAGAACGUACUACUCCGUUGAACCUUAUGAGGAAUUUACACAAGACGAGUAUGUUCGAGACGCUAGCCUCGUUCCUCGUCUUCAAGCCGAGUUAUGGAAGGCUCAAUCUAGAAUCAAAGAGCUCGAGGCCGAAAGAAAAUGUCCGGAUCCGUUUGUUGAUUACCUGAAAGAAGAGUUAAGAAAAGAGAGGAAAGAAAGAAAAAGAGCUCAAGCUGAGAACUCUAGGUUAAAGAAGAAGUUGUUGGAUAUGGAAUCAUCAGAGAAUCGGUUGAGGAGAGAAAGAGACACAAUGGAGAAGGUCUGCGAGGAGCUGGUGACGAGGAUCGACGAAUUGAAGGCGGAAACAAGGAGAGUAUGGGACGAGAUGGAGGAGGAGAGGCAGAUGGUGCAGACGGCUGAGAUGUGGAGGGAGGAAAGGGUUAGGGUUAAGUUGAUGGAUGCGAAGCUUGCCUUGCAAGGAAAGUAUGAGGAGAUGAAUUGGUUUGUGGAUGAGUUAGAGAAGUGUUUGGAUGUGGCGAGAGAAGUAGGAGGAACUGAGGAGAUGCGGCUGAGAAGAUGUGAAGGUUUGAUUAAGACGGCGAGGUCUAUGGAAGUUGCUAACGAUAAGAUGGAUUUUGAGAGAUUUGAGUUUGUGUCUGAUGAUUAA